AACCAAAACAACAACUUACAGCUCAACAAUCAAUUCUACCGUUCAAUCUCCGCCAUCAUGUUCGCUGCCCGCCGUGUCACCGCUAGCGUUCCCCGCGCCUUAUCCCAGAGGGCUCUGUUCCACAACACUGCUCCCGCUUUCGUCCAGAAGGGAGACUCCAUCCCCAACCUUGAUGUCCUGGUUGAGGACUCUCCCGGUAACAAGGUCAACCUCGCCAACGAGCUCAAGGGCAAGGGCGUCAUUGUUGGCGUCCCCGCAGCUUUCAGCCCUGCUUGCUCCAGCUCCCACGUCCCGGGAUUUAUCAACCACCCCAAGCUCAAGGAAGCCGGCCAGGUCUUCGUUGUCUCCGUCAAUGAUCCUUUUGUCAUGAAGGCGUGGGCUGCCUCUCUCGACCCCUCCGGCAAGAGCGGUAUCCGCUUCCUGGGCGACCCGACCGGCAAGUUCUCCGAGGCGCUCGAUGUCACCUUCGAUAGCUCGUCCAUCUUCGGCAACCACCGCAGCAAGCGCUACGCCCUGCUGGUCGAGAAUGGCAAGGUUAAGGAGGCUUUCGUGGAGCCCGACAACACCGGUCUCGACGUCUCCGCCGCCGAGAAGGUCCUUGCUUAAAAUAACCAUAGUUAUCCAUACAACCGAUAUCUAAUGUAUGCAAAUACAAAGCAAAACCCCUCCAUCUACCGUAUAAUAUAUCCAUAGUCAU